AUGUUUUUGAAGGUGGGCAGAGGAAAAAAAGUCCCCCCAGUGAGGGUCUAUGGGUCUGAUUGUGUAGUUCUGAUGGAGCCCCCCUUGAGCAAGAGGAACCCGCCAGCGCUGAGAUUAGCGGAUCUGGCAACGGCUCAGGCCAGGCCGCUUCAGAAUAUGACAGGCUUCCCGGCGCUGGCCAGCCCGCCCUCCCACUCCCAACUCCGCGCCACAGCCACGCACCUCCGCCCUCGGGACCUGAGCGCUGACCCCGGCGUGGCCAUCACUCCGCUCGGACCGGAGCACAUGUCUCAAGCGAGCGCGGUCGGCCUCAGCCCUCCCUCCCAGGCGCUCCCGGCACAGCCCGAGGCGCCGGCGGCCGCCGCCCGCGCUGCAGCCUCGGUCGCGCACCCCGGCGCCUGCACCUACCCCGGUGGCGGGGGCAGCAGCCGCGCGCAGCCCUCCGCGCCCCCGCCCCCAGCCCCUCCUCUUCCUCCCUCCCCUUCACCUCCUCCUCCUCCCCCUCCCCCUCCUCCUGCCCUCUCGGGCUACACCACCACCGACAGUGGCGGCGGCGGCAGCAGCGGCAAAGGCCACAGCAGGGACUUCGUCCUCCGGAGGGACCUUUCCGCCACGGCCCCCGCGGCGGCCAUGCACGGGGUCCCGCUUGGAGGGGAGCAGCGGUCUGGCACGGGCUCCCCCCAGCACUCGGCCCCGCCUCCCCACUCGGCCGGCAUGUUCAUCUCGGCCAGCGGCACCUACGCGGGCCCGGACGGCAGCGGCGGCGGGGGCCCGGCGCUCUUCCCUGCGCUGCACGACGCUCCGGGAGCCCCCGGCGGCCACCCGCACCCGCUCAACGGCCAGAUGCGCCUGGGGCUGGCGGCGGCACCGCCGCCGCCGCCACCGCCCCCGGCCGGCGGCGCCAAGCCCUGCUCCAAAACUUUCGGCACCAUGCACGAGCUGGUGAACCACGUCACGGUGGAGCACGUGGGCGGCCCCGAGCAGAGCAACCACGUCUGCUUCUGGGAGGACUGUCCGCGCGAGGGCAAGCCCUUCAAGGCCAAAUACAAGCUCAUCAACCACAUCCGCGUGCACACGGGCGAGAAGCCCUUUCCCUGCCCGUUCCCGGGCUGCGGCAAGGUCUUCGCGCGCUCCGAGAACCUCAAGAUCCACAAGCGCACUCAUACAGGGGAAAAGCCUUUCAAAUGUGAAUUUGAUGGCUGUGACAGGAAAUUUGCCAAUAGCAGCGAUCGGAAGAAACAUUCCCACGUCCACACCAGCGACAAGCCCUACUACUGCAAGAUCCGAGGCUGUGACAAGUCCUACACUCACCCCAGCUCUCUGAGGAAGCACAUGAAGAUUCACUGCAAGUCCCCACCACCUUCUCCAGGAGCCCUUGGUUACUCAUCAGUGGGGACUCCAGUGGGUGCCCCCUUGUCCCCUGUGCUGGACCCAACCAGGAGUCGCUCUAGCACUCUGUCCCCUCAGGUGACCAACCUCAAUGAGUGGUAUGUUUGCCAGGCCAGUGGAGCACCCAGCCACCUUCACACACCUUCCAGCAAUGGAAGUACUUCGGAGUCUGAAGAUGAGGAGAUGUAUGGGCACUCGGAAGUUGCGCGGACGAUACAUUAGAAUUUUCUUGUAAUAAUAAUAAUAAGUCAUAAGUGGGAGUCCUUGGACCAUAUCCUAACCUGAGACAAUACCGAGCCUGAGACAAACCCUUGACUCAGACUUGCCACCGGGUCUAAUUAGCCCUAUUUAUUCAGUAUGAAACCCUAUGGUGUUUGUACAUUUAAUUAAUUUAAUUAAGAUAUUUGGGCUUUUUUUCCUUCCUUCUUCUUAGAAAACAAACAAAAAAAACCAACCAAGCUGGACUUGUGCGUUGCAGGGGGGACAGGGCUAGGAGCAAAAUGUACCAAGGGUUAAUGGAGAUACACACUGCCAAUGCAAUAUACGUGUACUUUGAAAGGAGCGAGAAAAAGCAUGAAGUCAGAACUCCACAGAACAACAAGGCCCUCUGCAUUUCCUGCCGUGCCUCGAGAAUGCCUUUAACACCAUACCAUGGGCUUCUUUGGAGCCUCUUCACCUCCUCCUUGGGCCCUAAUUCUAAAAAGGCCUCUUGAUUGUAAACCACACACUUGCUGCAUUGCCAACAGAUCUUAGACUGUACCUGUGUCCAAAAUCUUUGUAAAAACCCUUUAAGUCCUGAUAGUUGUAAUUUUAAAUUUCCACUCUUUUAUUACUGAUCUCAUCUUAACACACUAUUUUUAUACAGGAUUGUUUCCUCAGUACCCCGCUUGUAUGAUUUAAAGAAAAAAAGAUGCAGCAAACUUAGUACGUCUCCAUUUAUUGUGCCACUGUGAUUGUUCCAGCAAAAAAGUGGAGAGAGGAGAAAGCUGCUGCAGUAGGCAACUGUGAAACUGUGAUAUUUUGUGAAAUAGAAGAAAUUCAAGUGCUUUCUUUUUUCUCUCUCUCUUUUUUUUUAAUCUGAAAUCUCAGAUGCCGCCUCUUGACUGGGUCCAAAC